CGACUUCGGCAAGAGCGCGGUGAUCGACCAGUUCGUGGACGCGCGCGUGAUCGUGCGCCGCGGCGACGGUAGCCUCGUGACCGCGUCAGUGUCGCCGUACCCCGCCCUGCUGCACUCCUACGUCCUCGCCAGGAAGUGGGACGACGCGCUCAAACUCGCUCGCUUCGUCAAGGAAGACCUGGUGUGGGCUGUGCUGGCUGGCAUGGCCACCGCCGGCAGGAACCUGGAGACUGCGGAGGUCGCUUACGCUGCCAUCAACGAGACUGACAAAGUCCAUUACAUCAACAAAAUCAAG